UGCGCGCGCGCCGUGCCCUGUCUGGUUUGGAGGGGAGACCCAGACACGCCGCCGCGCGCCUGCCCAGACAGCGGCCUGAAUGCCUGGGAUGAGCGCGGGACGGCGGCGGGACGCGCGAGAGCUUGGCCGGGCCACGUAGCGGGGCUGAGGACGCACCGGCGCAGGUACCUCCGCAGCCCGUAACGCACAUCAACAAAUAAUCUCCCGCAUUUUGCACAGGAAAAAAAAAAGACCAGUGGCAUUUCUAAAUGCACAUCCGCGAAUGUAGAGAGAGGGCGAGCGAGAGAAGUGCGCGUUCAACCCUGAAUCUGUGCAACUCUGAUUGCACGAGCGCAAGAGAGAGGUCGCUCUUGGCGGAGGGAGGUUUUCUAGUGAACCAACCGCCUUGGUGCACACUCAUUAUGGUUAGCCGGCUGUAAGGUUGUUCGAGGUCAUCCAACUGUCAGCCAGGGACACCCGAGCAUAGUACGCAAAGGUAAUGCACUGUAAAUGGCUCUUCAAGCAAGACACAGAAGUCCUUACAGCAGUUCCAUGUCUGGUAUUCAGCUCGUCUUUACCUGCUCUGCAAUUUGAAGAUACUGGCACCCUGCAGAGCAGCAGUCUUCAGAGAAACUGAGUCUCGAACCUGCCUACACCUCGCGUAAUAACUGGAGAGGAAUUUUGCUUCAAAUGUUAAGCAUCAAAGACCCUGAGCCUUUAAUUUUGCAGUCUAAUCUUUAAGCAUAUGAAACAACACUUGGAACAGAUUGUAUGUCUUUCCAACUGCAUUCCCUGCCUUGGACAGUAUGGAUGCUCUCUUUGAAUCAGGUUGACUGUCUCUCACCUCAUCCCCUCCUUCCUGUCUCCUCAGCAGAAGGAAGGUGGGGGAUUGGUGUGGCGUCCCCUGCCCCUCCGCUAGUCUAACAAGGCAUCAUAGCAGUAAUUCUUUUGCAUUUCCUUGUGGCCCUACCAACUCCAUCCCUCCAUUCCCUCCCCCUCUUCAUGAAAUCCUGCCAGAGCCUCAAGGAAGAGGUUUCCGUCCCUAGCCUUGGCGGGAUGUCACAGGAGGAAGGACGCAGGGCGCCAGUGUCCCAGUCCUAUUUUCACUCCCCUAACCCAGAUCUGGACCUGACAGGCAAGCUUUACAAGAGGGAGGUUGGUGGCAAGCCUUAUUCUGUGUUAGUGGACAAUAAAAUGGCAGCCAAGACAUCCAUGGGAGAUCAGAACAUUGGUCAGUUGCCCACACAACAUGUGACUCCGCAGCAACAUCAGCAGUAUUUCAGAGAGGGAGGAGCAGGACAGGAGGUGGGGAUGCAGGGGUCCCAGACUGGCAACAACGGCACCUCUGACGACUCUGAAGACGACGACAACGAUGAGGAGGAAGAGGGCGAGGAUGAGGAUGGCGAGGAGGAGGGCUUCAAGCGUGAGCAGAUCAUUGUUGAGGUUAACCUGAACAACCAGACUCUUCAUGUGUCCAAGGGUGACAACAAAACUGGAACCACAGCAGAGGACUCCGAGAGAGCUGGCAGUGAUGACGACGACGACGAUGACGAUGAGGAAGAAGAGGAGGAGGAGGAGGACAGCCCUGACGAGGAAGAGGAGGAAGAUGAUGAGGAAGAUGAGAUCGAAAGCCGAAGAACGAGGUCAAAGAGGGCCCGUCGGGGUGCCAGUAGCACAGCAGCUCCCAGUCAGCCGCGGAGGAAAAGCCUCAGAACAGCUCUGAGCACUGCCACAGCUGGAAUGACCACCAGGGGGCGACGGAAGCGCAUGGAGCCUCCAAAGAGCAUGCGCAGAUCAACCAGGUCGGCCCCGUCGUCUGCCGGUUCCACGACCACAGCGACAGGAGGGAAAGCGGAGGUGGAGGAGAAGGAGAUGCUGGCAUGUGAAAAGUGCCCUCGAGUGUUCAACACGCGCUGGUACCUGGAGAAGCACAUGAACGUCACACACAGGCGAAUGCAGAUUUGCGACAAAUGUGGGAAAAAGUUUGUCCUGGAGAGUGAGCUGGCCUUACACCAGCAGACUGACUGUGAGAAGAACAUCCAGUGUGUCUCCUGCAACAAGUCUUUUAAGAAGCUGUGGUCGCUGCACGAGCACAUCAAGAUUGUGCACGGCUAUGCAGAGAAGAAGUUCUCAUGUGAAAUUUGUGAGAAGAAGUUCUACACUAUGGCUCACGUCCGUAAGCACAUGGUUGCUCACACUAAGGACAUGCCGUUCACCUGCGAGACAUGUGGGAAGUCGUUUAAACGCAGCAUGUCUUUAAAAGUUCACUCACUCCAGCACUCUGGAGAGAAACCCUUCCGUUGUGAGAACUGCGACGAGCGGUUCCAAUACAAGUACCAGCUGCGCUCCCACAUGAGCAUUCACAUCGGACACAAGCAGUUCAUGUGCCAGUGGUGUGGCAAAGACUUCAACAUGAAACAGUAUUUUGAUGAGCACAUGAAAACACACACAGGAGAGAAGCCUUUCAUUUGCGAGAUCUGUGGAAAGAGCUUCACCAGCCGGCCCAACAUGAAGCGCCACCGCCGCACCCACACAGGGGAGAAGCCCUAUCCCUGUGAGGUGUGUGGCCAGCGCUUCCGCUUCUCCAACAUGCUCAAAGCACACAAAGAGAAGUGUUUCCGGGUCACCAGCCCUGUGGUUCUGCAGACCAGCCCACCUGUGCCUGUCCGAAUCUUUGCCAACACCUUCUCCUCCUCUUCCUCCACCUCUGGCCCCGGCCCCUCAACUGCCACCCCAGCCACCACCUCAGCGUCGCUGGGCCUCAACCCGACAGGAGGGCCCAUGCCUCCGCGAGGCCCUGUUGGACACCCAUUCUCCCAUGUGCAGCUCCAAUCAACCCCUUCUCACCAUCAUCCCCACCCCUCAACAACCCAACAGCAUCUCUCAAACACACCCCAACAUACCCCACCUCACCCCCACCACCACCUAGCUGUUCCCCCAGUCUCCCACCUGCCCCCGCCCCCUGCUCUUUUCAAGAGUGAGCCCCUAAACCACUGUGGGCACGAAGACAGCAGCUAUCUGCACCACAUGGCCCCCCCUGACAAGGGUCCUGGAGCCCCACAGCACCACUGAACUGUGCUCCAGCACUGCAGGCCCAAACCAAACCGCGCCUUGUUCCCCUUCUUCUCAUAGUCCUGCCUCAGUCUCUCAGUUGCAAGGCCCCUAAUACGAGGGUACUCCUCUCAAAUAAAUUUAAAUAAAUCAAGCUAAACAUACACACCUGUGUGUGUGUGUGUGUGUGAAAGAUUCAGACUAAUACACGUUCAGUUCACACAUUAUUUAAGCAAAACCCCGACUUAUAAAAAAACCCUUGUCAACUGACAAAGAUUUUACAACCUCUAGAAAUUUUUUUUUUCUCGGACAUUUUCUAAGGAAAUCUAGACAAAACAAUUUCUGUGCGAGUUCUCUAUCUGUACAUUGAAUGGUGUAAAGUAUCUUCAUCAAAAGCUGCUGAUGGAAGUCGACGUAUGUAUUACCUGGGCUUCACGGAUCAUCAAAGAUCGGUGUCAUUGAACUUUCGUCUUUAUGUCAAGUUGACUUAUGGUUGCACAUUGGUCCGGACUUUUGCUUUCUGUGCAGGUCCUCCCCAUAGCAAUACUCAAACUAUCCUCCGAGUUGUACUGCAGAGCCUCGGACCCCAUAGAAAUGUUUAAUGAAUGUUGUAACUGGUUCUACCUGAGUCUUUCUCUGUCCUAAGGCUGAGGACGUCUGUCAGAGGGGCAACAGCAGCUGUGCAAAAUGCAGUGCCAUAGGUUACAGUAAGAGGGGGGAGGGAGUGGGGAUUUUUGUAAAGGACAUUGGAUAAAAUGUUUUGUAAAUGGUUAGUUGGAUCUGGACCUAGUCCGAGAUUCAUAUCAUGGUUAAACGGUGCUUUCCAUUCCAGUACAUAAAAUAUUUCUUAAUUUUGCUUUUCCAUUUGAUUUUCAGAAAUGUAAUAUUACAAAUUAACAAUGUAUUGUGUCAUACAGAAAAUGUCUUGCCAGCCUGGUUUUUCUACAAUGGAUUUGAGGUUUGACUUAGAUAUUUUGUGAACAAGAAACUUAUGCAGGACAUGCCCUAGGCACACGCAGCCUCACACUUACUCAAGCACAUGCAAAAGACAAAGACCAUAUGGUCACUGAUUUGCUUACUGUGAUCAGUGCAACCUCAGCUUUCAGUACUGUUGGUCAACAGAUGCUUUUAGAUAACACAUGACUGUCAAAAUACUGCCACUGUGAGGGGCCAGACACAUGGCCCCAUCAGGAUUUUACCCCACCUCCCUUCGCUGCUGUCGAAAUGAUACGGGUUACCAUGUUAAAGGUCAUUUGACACACACACACACAGUAUACACACCUGGGACCUUUUUUCAUCACAGGUCUUAAGAAACAAGUAUGCAUAUUCCUCUCAGCCUGUAUUCCAGUUUUUGGUGUGGGGCGUUACGAUGUUAAAGGUUUGUUUUUGACCUUCAUCAUACUGACAAACAUUGAUCCACACAGGCAAACGCGUCUAAACCUGUUGAAUGUUGCCUACGCAGAAUGAUGGCUGAUGAGUCAUUCAUAUGUUUUUUUUUUUUUUUUUUUAAUGUUCUCUGAUAAUUUGCUCAGUUUUAAGCUAAUGAAUGGUUCUGUAGUGUAGAUAUACUGAUGUUAGCACAUGAUAGGAAAUGUCAGGAUAAAAGGCAGUGGUCAUACAGUUCUGAAUACUUGGAAUUCUUGUAUAGAUAAGCGUACAUGUGAUCAAGUCGACGCAAGAAAUUACAUUUAUUUAAUGUAACAGCCAACGGUGUGAAUGUUAUACGUUUAAAAGAAGCAGAAAUGGUUGGCAAGUACUUGGCAUGAAUUUGGGUUGCUUGGUUGUUACCCCUUCGCUCAGUCUGACAUCGUGUUGAGGAGGAACAUUGAGCUUUGUGUGUAUGUGUAUGUGUGUGUGUGAGUGUGUGAGUGAGCGUGUGUGUGUGUGUGUGUGUGUGCAUGCAUUAGUCUCUACCAGUCCGUUUGUCUGUCUGUCUGUCUGCCUGUCUGGUUGUCCCCCAGUGCUCUUGUACCAAAAGCUGCUUUUUACACAGUGUGCCCCAGUAUAUGUGUAUUUUGGGGAUACCUGAGAUGGACAAUAGCAGUAAAUCUUACAUGAUCCUCUUUCUGUCGCACUAACGGUAUUCUAUCUGAAGUGGUUAAGCUCAGUAGUUAAGGAUGUCCCUUUUUAUUUUUAUUUUUUUAUUUGAGACCUGCGAUUAUCCUGCCAUUUCUGUGGGUCUUAAUACCGCUACAUUAUUUGCUUAUCAUGCUGUCCCCUCCCUUGGUUUCACUGCUGUGCUUCAGCAUUUUGCAGUAUGGAUCUUUGUCUUGUUUUUUUUUUGUUUUGUUUUUUUUAAAAAGCCUUUUCAUUUGUGUGUAUUCUCUGCACUUUACUGCUGCGUGGGUGAGGCGCAGGGAAGGGAGGGACUGACAAUGUAUUGUGGAACAGAGUGCAGUUGUGGCUGCAUGGGAAAGGGUGGAGGUGAUUACUUUGAGUGGAUGUUUUUAGGCAAGGAAAGGAGGAGAAUCCCCGGUGGCGGCGGCUAGUGUGGAAGGGACCAUAGCAAGCGGAGGGCAUUUCUUUUUUGUAUGUGCUUAAAUUUUAAUUUUUUUAAAAAAAGAAAUACCCUCCUGCUCCGAUACAGACCUCCCCUCAGAGUGAAAGCAAUGUUCCUCCUGCUGUGGCAACUUUACACUAGCCCCUCCGAGCUACGUCUGAAAUACUGUACAUUCUUCUGUUUGUCUCUCUCUCUGUCAUGUCCUGCUAUGUCUUUCUGUUUGCCGAAUGAUUCUCCUCCUCCUUUCUUUGUUAAAUAGAAUGCACUUUCUACUAAAAUUCUUGGCUAGUUAAGAAAAAAUAACAUUGUAUAUUCUUUAAAGAUGUUUUAAAAAAAAAUCAAUAUACUUUUUCCCCUUUGUAUUUUUAACCACUUAAUGUAGCAUUGCGUAUUUUAUUAUUGUAUCUGGUACAAAAUGUGCAGCUUUAUAAUGUCCUGGUUUGUCUUUUUUUGUAUGUUAUCUGGAGCUUGAGGAGAAGUGGAAAAAGUUGGGCCUUUUUUUGAUAAUGUACAUUUAACUGACUGCUAACUUUGAGAAGUAAAAAAACAAGUAGCCAUGAUUAUCA